AUGUCCCCUGUUUCCUCUUCAAGUUCGGCUAAUAUGCUUUCGACCACAGUGUCUGUGGCACCCCUAGUACUCCUGUCUGUAGUGGAUCAUUAUGAAAGAGUGAUGAAGACCACGGCAACUUCAACAUCGGGGUCAACAAAAAGAGUUCUGGGUGUUAUUCUUGGUGAUAAUACACAGAAAGACUCUCUGAAAGUCACGAAUUCAUUUGCCAUACCAUUUGAGGAGGAUGAGAAGAACCCUGAUAUCUGGUUCUUAGACCACAAUUUCAUUGAAAACAUGCUUGAAAUGUUCAAAAAGAUCAAUGCAAAAGAAAAAUUGAUAGGAUGGUAUCACUCGGGUCCCAAACUUAAAAGCAGCGACCUCAAGAUAAACGAGAUUUUCAAGAAGUUCACACCCUCUCCUCUCUUACUAAUUGUAGAUGUUAAUUCGACUGACAAGAUUGAUAUUCCGACUGACUGCUACACUUCAAUCGAAGAAAUCAAGGAGGACGGAUCAUCAAGCGAAAAAACGUUUAUACAUUUGCCUUCCACGAUUCUUGCUGAAGAAGCAGAAGAGAUAGGUGUUGAGCAUCUAUUGAGAGACAUCAGAGAUCAGGCUUGCGGGAAUUUAUCAAUCAGGCUCACAAAUAAUUUCAAAUCGCUCUCUUCACUCAAGGAAAGACUCCUCACCAUUGUUGGUUAUCUGAGCAAAAUAAAAACGGGAGACUUACCUGUGAAUCAUGUAAUAUUGGGAAAGUUGCAAGACAUAUUCAAUCUUUUGCCAAACAUUUCCGCGUUUUCCGCUGAUCUUUUGGAUCAGGAAUCCGGUGAAUCGGAGAACAAGCAUCUCACAACUGCUUUCAACGUGAAAACGAAUGAUGAGCUUAUGAUUUUGUACGUAAGCAGCCUGGUCAGAUCAAUCAUAGCGUUUCAUGAUCUAAUCGAGAACAAGAUUCAAAACAAGAAAUCGAACGAAGCAAAUCUAAAAGAUCCCAGCUUAUCUAAGGCUAAUGACUCUGAUUACAAUGCGAUGGAAGAGGUUGUUGAGACUGGUAGAUCAUGA